AUGCACCUACGUUACGAGAAGAUUCGCGAUAAGAUUCACAAGAGUCUACGAUGCACGACGCUUAUCUUGGCUAUUGUGAGGGAGCUCGGUGAAGGGGAUGUUAAGAAUAAAAAUGGCAAGAGAGGAUAUGAGGACGAGGAGACGGAGGAAGAAGAAGAGGUUGAGCAGCCAAAGGGGAAGGAGGCGAAGAAUGGGGUCAAGAACAAGCAACUCGAUACAGUGAAAGCCAAGGCCUUACCGGCGAGUGCGACACCGAGUAGGGCGAGCAGUGUUGCUACGAAUGGUUCGGCGACCAAGGGUUCGGCGACCAAGGCUAAGGGCAAGGGGAAGAAGAAGUAG